GACAUGCUGAUACGUAAUAUAAAGAGAAUGGCAGGCGCUAGUUUAGUAAGAGUCAGUGUCACUUGUGACAUAUACAUUACAUUCAAAGAGAGUGAUGUAAAAAGGAGUCUCUGUCCUUUCCUAACAGAUCUAAAACCAGACAUUACAGUCAAUUUUGAUGAGGACUUCACCAUCAUCUGUUUGAUUCCUGGACCCGUCAGUCCUGACACCACCUGUAACCUGUAUGUUGGAGAGGAGAGUCAGCCAUCCUUCACAGAAAAGAUCAAGACGAGAAAAGCCACCUCAGCAUCCGGACAGCAGUUCUGUCAAUUCACUCCAAAACAUAGUGAUCUGAUCAGUCGUCUACAGUCAGUGAGGAGUAAGGAGGUGAGCUGUGACUACAGAGUGAGCUCAGGACCAAACUCUCUCUCACCACGCAGUGAUGGGAAAAGCUUUGCACAUCUGGUGGGAGUUCACAUCAGUGAUCCAACAACUAUACAGACACCUUCUAUAGCAGUGGGUUUGACUCCAGGUCCUAGAUCUACUUUCCCUCCCAGCACGACAGUGAGUCCUACAGAAGACACAACAGUGACACCAACUACCAGUUUGACCUCCCCUUUGACCCCUAGCACGGCAGUGAAUCCUUUAUCAGGGUCCACUGUUUGCUGUACUUUGACCACUGACCCCCCAGCCAGUCCAACUGAAAGAGGUCAAAGCUCCACAGAAAGUGAUGUGGAAUCAAACAGUCAAGAAAGCAUUCUGGUGGGGCAAAUAUGGCAGGCAGCAGUGAGUGUGGCUUCUGGAGUGGGCGUGCUCCUGGUAGGAUUGACAGCUGUCUGUCUCUGCAGGAGGACCAGUGAGUACAUUUGA